UAUAUAACACCACAAUCUUUGUACCAAAUUAUUUAACCACAAAAAUGGAGUUCUCUAAGAUAACUUCACUUCUUUUCAUUUCUAUGCUUUUCCUUUCUUCAUUCACUCCCAUUCUUGGUUGUGGCUAUUGUGGUAAACCUUCUCACAAGCCCAAAAAGCCCAAAGUUCCCUCUCCCAUUGUCAAACCCCCUGUCGAUUUGCCUCCUAUCGGAAUUCCACCAAUCGUGAAACCACCUGUCAAUUUGCCCCCUAUUGGAAUUCCACCAAUCGUGAAACCACCUGUCAAUUUGCCCCCUGUCGGAAUUCCACCAAUCGUAAAACCGCCUGUCAAUUUGCCCCCUGUCGGAAUUCCACCGAUCGUAAAACCACCUGUCAAAUUGCCACCUAUCGGAAUUCCACCAGUCGUAAAACCACCCGUUGAUUUGCCACCUGUUGGGAUUCCACCAGUCACAGUUCCACCAAUCGUAAAACCUCCAGUCGAUUUGCCACCUGUUGGAAUUCCACCUGUCACAGUUCCACCAGUACUUAAACCAUCACCUAAAGGGAAAAAACCUUGUCCACCAACAACAAAGGCAACAUGCCCAAUUGACACAUUGAAACUUGGGGCUUGUGUGGAUCUUUUAGGUGGGCUUGUUCAUAUUGGGCUUGGUGACCCAGCUGUUAAUGAAUGUUGUCCAAUACUUAGUGGGCUUGUUGAACUUGAAGCUGCUGCUUGCCUUUGCACAACACUUAAAGUCAAAUUACUUAACCUUAAAAUCUAUGUACCUCUAGCACUUCAACUCCUUGUUACUUGUGGAAAGAGUCCACCACCUGGCUACACUUGUUCCAUCUAGGUUUUCAUUCUGAAAUUUGAAGAAAUUGCAUGGCUUGACAUGAAAGGAUGUCCAAUUUAUGAUUUAUUUAAUUUCUCUCCACCCCACCCCCCUCAAAAUUGUAUUUUAUGUAUUGUUUUAUUUUGGCUUUGUGGAAUUGUUAUUUAAUGGAAUUAUUAUUAUUAUUAUAUUAUCAUUAUUACUAUUAUUAUUAUUUCAGUGUA